AUUACAACACAAAAACCAUCAUGGCUAAAGGCAAAAAACAGCGCCGCAGUGAGAAGAUCAUACCAUUGACACAACUCGCGUUUGUCGUCGAUUCAAGAGAUCCGUGGGACGAUGAGCCGCCGUCAAAAGAGGACAUCGCUCGUGCACAUUUUGAGAAUCGCCAGCAAAAACGUGACUAUCUGCCGGUCACAACAUCCAGAGAGCUCCGUUAUGCAGUAGAAUGGCCAAGUGUUGUGAAGAAUGUUACCGUACCAUAUUAUCAAAAUGAGUCCCAAGACACAAGCCAGGCUCUCUGUGGACGUUCCCUCGUGUCAACUACCGUAAGCACCAAUCCAUCGUGCUCCACCGCACAAAUCGACGUCGCCGCGUUCGAGCAAACCACCAGAGAGCUUGUCGGCCGGGCCGCUAACAUGAAAACUCGUUUUUGGCUUAAAUUUUGUGUCGUUUGGCCACUCGGACCACAAGAUAUUCGACGGAUUCACAGAGAGAAUAUCAAUUUCAACAAGCGUCGCUGCGAAUACCUCACCUUCAACAACACGCCUACCGCCUACCUACUCAUCGACUCGGAUGGCGACCCAGAAUACACAAAGAACAUCAUCCGCCGAAAGCUGGGCUCCGCCGCUGCUCCGUCUCCACCGAUUCUACUCGCCGCGCCGAACAGUGGCUACGCGAUUCGAUUCCGACACGGUGAAGAAAUGCCGACGCUCAUUCAAAAGUCAUCCGAGUCGCAGUUUGCGCUGGUUUUCGACGAAAAGUACACGGAAUUCACGAAAUGCUCGGCUCGUGUGUUCUACGAGAGACUUUUGAGAUGUCCGCUACGUUUCGAUCGAAAGUUGGAGCAAUCAGAGAAGCUUUGGAUACAGAAGAAUCUCAAGAGAAAUGAUUUGGCUCACCGAGCAAUUCGAGUUCUCGAAUUCUACUCAAUUGAAGAAAGAAACGAAAUUGUUGGCAGAGCAGAUAAUUCCAUCAAAUUCUUGGAUGCUCUUUUUUGUGAUACAAUGCAAUUUUAUCGGGAAGCCUAUGAGGAUUUGAAUCUCUAUAUUAAAUACUCGAAUACACCGAAACACAUUGAAUGUGUGUCUGUUACGGUGCGAAAUGAGUCUGACAAGAAGCACGCGGAGAGCUCGUUCACUUCUCAUGGACUUUCGGUUCUUUAUUUCAAUCGAAAAAUGGAGUGUGAUCCGGCAGCGAAAUAUGAUAUCACUUUGAAAACAAUGGUUCUCCAAAACUUCCCACGUCACCUGGUAACAUACGAGUCUCGAGAGUGGUUUGUGAGACGAAUCGCCAAAGAAAACUUCUUCCAACUUCAAUCAGUCAAUUCAUUUGUGCAGUGGCAGUCGCACGCGAAACGAUGCUGUUUCAAGGCGAAAAAUCGAGAUUUCUUCAAAAUUAUCAACUUUGCAUUCUACAAAAUUGCUCAUAUCAAUCGAAUCUAUCAUCCCAUCGAUGCACCAUGGAUCGAGGAGCUUCAAGGUGGCCUUGGAGCCCGUUCGAUGAUGAGUGUGGUGCUCGAACGACCUGAUGUUCCAUGGCAAAUUGCACGUGAGAGACGAGGAGCGAUUCAGGAGGAUGAACUUUUUACGAUUUAUUUCAAGAAUGUCACCGUUGGAAUGCAACUUAUAGAGCACGUUAUUCGAAUCGCUGGAAUUGAACCGAUUUUCCGCACUGAUGCCGCUGAUCGAGAUGGACCCCAACUCGUCCCAUUCUACCGCCGCUCGUUCACCGUAACCCGUGCCGCCCGUGCUGUCGUAACGUCCAAACUUCGUCAACUCGACGCAAAGCUACGUGCCACAUUCUGUAUGCUCACGAAACAAGAGGAUCCGAUAAUGAUGCAAGACGACGCCCAGUACUACGUGGUUCGAAUCUUUGAAGAAUGGACUCCAAACAGCAAGUCUGGAGUGAUCGGAGUUCAUGGAUGGAGCCAAAAUGCUAUACAACUGUUCGCAACGCAGAUUCUGGAAAUUAUGAGUCCAAAGGAGUUUUCCACUGAAAAUUGUCCCGAAAUGACGUUUGGAAUUGGAGAACAAUGGGUGAAAAGUCUUCAGCGAAAAUAUCACGUGCUUUUGGAUGUUGAUAAAUAUCGUGAAGUUAUCAGUGUCCUCGGCGAUGAUUCUGAGGAGGUUCUGAAAGAGUUGGAGACGUAUUCCCAGAAAAAAUCUGAAAUUCUCGUCGCAUCCAGGAUUCCAUGCUUCUUCCCACAUUUGAAUGAUCGAGUUCGUUGUGAGCUGCUUUCGCCGGGAAUUGUUGAGAAGAUUCGGAGACAGUUGGGCGCUCAGAAGCUUUAUAUGGACCGGGAAAGUCAAUGUUUGGAUUUUCAAGGAUCGUUGGAGGCGUACGAGAAGCUUAUCGAGCUACUUGAGACGUUGAGCAAUGAGGUUUUUAAGCGAGAAACCAGGAAUCGCGAGGCGGAAGAAAUCCCGAAUCUCGUCUGCCCAAUUUGCACCGCAGAAACCGGAAUCUCCAAUGAUUUCUAUCGUCUCGAGUGUGGUCACGUGAUGUGUCGUACCUGUAUUAACACACAAAUUCGUUCGCGAAUCGACGAGCAACAAUUCAAUAUUCGGUGUGAAAUUGAUGGUUGUCAUCGGGUUUUGACGCCAGCUGAGAUUAUGAACAUCAUUCUCGGCGGCUCGGAUCGAAUGAAAGAGCUCGACACCCAAAAACUCCGCCGUCUUACCGAUCGUGCCAAGCAGCUGCUCAUUCAAACCAAUGAAGAUCUUGCCGCAUGCCCAUCAGCGGAUUGUGUCGGAAUUCUCUCGAAAUCCGACGAUGGACUAAUUUCCGAGUUCAAAAAGUGUGAAGCUUGUGAUCGAAGCUAUUGCCGAAAAUGUCUCGCCGAGCCCCAUCCGGAUGAUACGUGUGAAGAGUUUGCUCGUAUCCGACGCCCGGAAGACUCGAUUGCUCGCUAUCAGAAGGACAUGGGAUCCCGCGUUAAGAAGUGCCCGAAAUGUGCAGUUUUGGUUGAAAAACGAGAGGGAUGUAAUCAUAUGCAGUGUGGUUGUGGAACACAUUACUGCUGGACGUGUCUCUAUGUUGCUGAAAGCUCUGGUGACUGCUAUCGUCAUAUGCAGGCAGAGCAUGGUGGACAUGGAGGUGAAAUUGAUAUGAACCAACUGCCCGACAACGAGCCAGGCAUUCAACAAGCGAUGCUCCAACAAUAUCGUGCUCCACGAGCCGAAGAUGAUCCAAUGUUCUUCGAUGAGCACGGCUUUACCGACGACGAUGACAGUGACGCUGACGCUGAUGAUGAAGCAUUCGUCGCUGCAAUCUAUCCACAACAACACGCGAAUCGCGAUCAAUUCGCCAAUUAUCGUCGGAAUGCUGCGGCGUUCGAAGAGCCGCCGGCACCUCCACCACCGCCACCGCCACCUCAAUACAUUCGAGACUUGCCACAAUUGUUGAUCGACACGUUUCCGACGAUUUACGGCGAUCCGGAAACCCGUGUGGAUUACGUGGAUUUUGUAAAUAGCGCGCAGACACAGGAUCAGUUGGAGGCCAACUUGGUGAUGCUCUAUCAGAAUGCAGAGGAGCACCUGGCCGUCGAGCCGCAGCGACGUGGACGUUGAGCAGCAGCAUAUUGAUUUUUUUUUCACCCAGUUUUUACUUUUACUAUUACACUGUACAAUUUGCACUGAAAUUUUUCAAAUUUUCCGAAAAAAAAAUUGAUUUUGAAGCUUUUACCCUGAAAAUUUGGCACAAAAUUCAGUGCAAAUUUACUUGUUCCGUAUUUACUCAUUUCUUUUUUUAGAAAUUUUUUCUCGCCCCCCAGCACCACUUGUUAUCAUUUUUUUGUGCUUCUAGGACAAAUUUUCCCGAUUUUUUGUAUUAUUAUUCGUAUAUGUGUCCCCACCCCCUACUGACACACUUUGGGUCCCGUCACGAACAUCAUUUUUGUACGGGUUACUGUAACUUUCUGCUCUUUUUUCUUUCUUGACCUGAUCCCGUUUCCACUGUCGUAUUUCCCCCCUCCCCCCCGCACACUUUUUAAUAUUUUCUCUUCUCCUUUUGGAAAUUGUUUUCCGGAGACAAAAAUCUAGAGAAAUAGUUUUAUAAAUUUUUGAGGUUU